CUCUUACCUCAGGCUGGAGCCAAGCAUGAAGCCAUUCUGUUCACUGCUUCAUGUACAGUCUUCAGUCUGCUCCAGUACACUGGCAGACCUAGGUUCCAAGUUCAAUCGGCCCAGGCAAUAGCUGCAUUUCCCCCAGGGCAUUACUCCUUUGUGACUUCACCCACUGAAGUCACCUGGGAGACAGUGCUGAAUGUUCCAUGCUAGAGUCUUGGGCCUCUUAGGAGGCAGGGACAGCUGGCCUGGACAGCUCAGAGGACUCUCUGUCCACAGUGUAAAUGAGGACACUGCUGGCCCAUGUCUGGCAGGGAUGUAGAGGGCAGCCUCGGAGGCACUGGGCACUCCCGGCACCAUGGAUGACGCUGCCGUCCUCAAGCGACGAGGCUACAUCAUGGGGAUAAACUUGGGAGAGGGCUCAUAUGCCAAAGUCAAAUCCGCUUACUCUGAGCGCCUAAAGUUCAACGUGGCGGUCAAGAUCAUCGAUCGCAAGAAAGCCCCCUCGGACUUCCUGGAGAAAUUCCUUCCCCGGGAGAUUGAGAUUCUGGCCAUGCUAAACCACCGCUCUAUUGUCAAGACCUAUGAGAUCUUUGAGACAUCAGAUGGCAAGGUCUACAUUGUCAUGGAGCUUGGGGUCCAGGGUGACCUCCUCGAGUUCAUCAAAACCAGAGGAGCCCUGCAAGAGGAUGAUGCUCGAAAGAAGUUCCACCAGCUCUCCUCGGCCAUCAAGUACUGCCACGACCUGGAUGUCGUCCACCGAGACCUCAAAUGUGAGAACCUUCUGCUUGACAAGGACUUCAACAACAUCAAAAAGAUGCUGCGCAUCCAGAAGGAGCACCGUGUCAACUUUCCACGCUCUAAACACCUGACUGGUGAGUGCAAGGACCUCAUCUACCGAAUGUUACAGCCAGAUGUCAACCGGCGGCUGCACAUUGAUGAGAUCCUUAACCACUGCUGGGUGCAGCCCAAGGCACGAGGUCUGUCCUCUGGAGCCAUCAACAAGGAGGGGGAAAGCUCCCGGGCCACUGAGCCCUCAUGGAUCCCUGAACCUGGUGCUGAUAAGAAGUCUGCCACCAAGUUGGAGCCUAGGGAAGAGGCACGAUCUGAGGCCCAGUCUGAGACAAAACCCCAGGAAGAUACUUUGCAGGUGGUCAGGCAGUCAGAGAACGUGGGCCUCAGCAGCGAACUGAACAGGGACACAGAGGAAGGGCACCCCCAACAGCCUUCAGAGACACAUACUUAGUGAGCCUCUUGCAGCCCAGGGGGCCAGCAGGGAAUGAGGCAGAGCUCAUGGCUUGAAGCCUGAGCCUAGAAGUCAAGGGACGAGAGAGAGAAGGAAGACACUCCCGGAUGAGCUAUUUUCGUCACUUUCUUCUCCCCCCCUUUGAACUUGGUAACUCACACGGCUAAAGAAGCAAUAAAUCACUAUAUUGGU